GAUCUGACGUUCUCUUUUAGAAUCUUGGAGUCUGCAUGUGGAACUUUAUAACACUUACUCAUUGGAGCCUGUAGAACCCCCAGCCUUAACGUAUUGCAAGGGGGAGAGGACUGCGUCGCCAGGAUGGGGGUAGCGAGGUGGGCACAUCAGCAGCAGCAUGGCUCUCACAGACGACCUGCAGUCUAUAUCUGUUUCACGCUGGGUAUCCUUACCUUUCUCACACCAGCUGCAGCACAACUUGACCACCGUUUAUCCAACCCGGACAAUAUCAUAGUGGCCAAUCGCGGAAUUCGUGUGCCCUUUGGAAGAUCUGUAUUUCUGGACCCUGUACAGGAUCUGAUCAUACAAGUACAACCCGGAGAUACGUGUAUUCUGAGUGUUCUAGGCAACGACCCCUUAUCUCAGAGACCUGGAUCACUCACCCCUAAAAGAUUCCCUUGCGAUUUUGGCCCCGGAGAGGUGAAAUACACUCACAUGGGCUCCCGUAGCCCCUCCAGCGACAGAGUGAGACUCCAGCUCAAGUAUGACUCGCCCACCGACACUUUUAUUGUGCCUUUCGUACUGGAAGUGGAGGUGAUCUUCCAGCAGUUGGAAAUUGUGACCCGAAACCUGCCAUUGCUGGUGGAGAAGAUCCAUGGACUUAGUGUUCCCAUUGACAAGAAGGUUCUGGGCUUCUCCUACGAUCAUGCAAGGGAGUCUUGUAGGAUUACACCGCUCAUUGGAACAGGGGGGCUACCAAGGUACGGUCAGUUACUCAGCUUACCUACUGACCAACAGCAGGGUACUGAUUGCCAAACUUUCACCACCUCUGACAUCCGUUAUCAGCACACUGCUCCCCAUAACUCCCCCAAUAGAGACUAUGUGCCCAUGCUGGUGGAACUCACUGAUGAAAGGGGAUCCUUAAAACAAGAACACUUCCAUGUCACCGUGAGGAUCAAGGAAGGAUCAGAAAACACCCCUCCACGCCCGAGCUUUGUGUCCAUGAUGAUGAUGGAAGUUGACCAGUUCGUCCUGACAGCCCUUACCUCUGAAAUGUUGGCAGCAGAGGACUUGGAGUCUGAUCCAGGGGACCUUAUCUUCAACCUCACAAGUUCUUUAGACCCGGAGACAUCUGGUUAUCUGAUCAGUACUGAUGAUCAAAAUUUGGCCAUUACUUCAUUCUUUCAGAGUGACCUUACUGAGCUGAGAAUUGCCUAUCAGCCCCCAGCAAGCGAGUCCUGGCAAGAACGGAUCCUGCAGCUGGAGAUGCAGGUGAUGGACACUGAAGGUGCCACUUCGGAUCCAUUCGCCUUCAUGAUUGUGGUGAAACCCAUGAACACAUUGGCCCCACUAGCUACACGGAACACCGGUCUCUGGCUUCUGGAGGGCCAGUCCCGCCCCCUGUCAGGGCCAGGUUCUGGUAUGAACAAUUUGGUUAUCAGCGAUGAGGACAACCUAGAUGAGGUGAAACUGAGUGUGGUGGAUGGUCUUAGACAUGGUCAGUUGUUUUUGGCACAACAGGGCACCAGUAGCCACAGUGCUCCCAAGGGCUUUACCUUUACACCUCACGAACUACACUCUGGCUUAGUGAUUUAUCAGCAUGAUGGCAGUGAUACCUACAGUGAUAAUAUUAUCCUUAGACUUGAUGAUGAAAGACAUAGAGUAGAAUUGCUAUACCCCAUUACUGUAUCUCCAACAGAUGAUGAACCUCCAGUGCUAAAUGCAAACACAGGUUUGACUUUGCCUGAAAAGAGUUUGGCUCUUAUCUCCCCCUUCAUGCUCAGUGCCACAGAUAUUGACUCCGAAGAUUCAACCAUCAUGUUUGUGCUACAGGAGCCCAAAAGCAAUAUUGGGGAGAUGGUGUUGAGGCAAGUAGAAGAACCAGAAGAUGAAGAAGGGUGGAUCUUCCUGCCUGAAGAAGGAGUGUAUGAGAAGGUGGUGAGUGAGUGGAACCAAAGAGACAUUCUGGAUGGUAGACUUUUUUACAAUCACAUUGGACCUCAUAGCCCUGAGACAGUUCUAGACAGGUUGCUGUUUGUGGUGCUGGAUGACAAUGAUCCACCAAACCAGUCUGGUGUCCAAGUAUUUACAGUGAGAGUGGAACCUGUAGAUGAUAUUCCACCAGAAACCUACCAGGGGACCACACUGAACAUGACUGUCAAGGAGUAUGAAGUGACCCCAUUCAAGAAGAAGCAUCUCCGUUACACCGAUCUGGACACAGAUGACAGAGAAUUAAAGUACACUUUGGUCAGCCAUCCCAGAGAUACAGACAUUAAUCACCAUGUCCUUACUGGGCAUAUAGUGCUUAGUGAUCACCCAGAUGUCCAGGUGACAAAUUUCACUCAAGCCCAGAUCAACCACCACAAGAUCUCCUACAGACCCCCAGAGAAGGAGCUUGGAAUAGUCCCAAAAGUGUUGCAGUUCAACUAUACAGUAGAGGAUGCUUCAGGUAAUUCAGUCCAAGGGACAUUUACUAUCUAUUUACAGCCAGUUGAUAACAAACCCCCUGUAAUCACCAAUAGUGGUUUUACUGUUCCAGAAAGGGGUUUAUUCACCCUUAGCAAAUCAGAACUGGAUGCCACAGAUCCAGAUACAGACACAAGCAGCAUUGUCUUCACUUUGUCUCAGGUGCCCCUGCAUGGAGAACUGCAAUAUAAUGGGGUAGCCAUGGAGUUAGGAGAGUCAUUUAUCAUGUUAGAUAUAGUACAUGGUAGUGUUUCCUAUCUUCACAGUGGAGAUGAGUCCACCAGUGACUUCUGUUCCCUAGUGGUCAGUGAUGGGGUACACGAAGUACCAAUUACAAUCAGAAUUAAUGUGAAGCCUGUGGAUGAUGAAGCUCCCACCUUGAUGCUCCCAGGAGGUCUUUGGGGUUCCUCAAUAGAGGUCCUAGAAAGGGGGGAAACUGAGAUCACCAGCAAUGUCCUUCAGGGUACUGAUCCUGACACUGAUGAUCUUAUGCUUACUUUCAUCAUAGAAGAACCUCCUAAGUUGGGGGACAUAUUGGUCAAUGGUGUGCCAUCUGAAAGAUUCUCUCAGCAAGAUAUCCUGAACGGUGCAGUAGUCUAUGUCCACACCUCUGGUGAGGUAGGUCAGCAAAAGUUGCAUGAUAACUUCAAUUUAUCAAUUUCUGACCUUUCUAAUGAGUGGGUAAAUGGAGGCAACAAGGUUAAGGGUGUGAGAGUACAAGUCACCAUACUCCCCGUGGACAGCGAAGCACCUGUGAUGAAGUUAGAAGAACAAUUUUCUGUUCUUGAAGGCGGGAAAAACAUCAUAACUUCUGAAUACCUUCAAGGAGAAGAUGAGGAUACACCCAAAGAUGACAUUUUGUGCACAAUUAUUGUCCAGCCAACUUCAGGUUAUGUGGAAAAUAUCUCUCCAGCUCCAGGUUCUGAAAAGUCCAGAUCUGGAACCCCAAUCAGUGCCUUUUCAAUACGAGAUAUCCAUCUGGGUCAUAUUUACUAUGUGCAGAGCAUUCAUCUUGGAGUGGAACCAUUAGAAGACAGAUUUACUUUCAGCUGUUCAGAUGGAAUCAAUUUCUCUGAGAGACUCUUUUUUCCCAUUGUUAUCAUCCCGACCAAUGAUGAGAAACCAGAAAUAUUCACCCGGGAGUUUAUAGUCAUGGAAGGCAUGAGCCUGGUGAUUGAUACCCCUAUUCUCAAUGCUGGUGAUGCAGACCAGCCACCAGAUGAUCUUCUCUUCAUCAUUACAAAGCCACCAAAGCAUGGUAGAGUACUACAACAGCAAGCAUCUGGUAUAUUCCCAAUUUUGAACUUUACCUUGGAAGAGAUUAAAGAGAACUCUAACAUUGUCUAUGAGCAUGAUGACUCUGAAACCAAGGAGGAUAGUUUUGAAAUUCUCCUGACUGAUGGAGAACACAAGCUGGAAAAAAAUGUUCUCAUUAUGAUAAUUCCUGUAGAUGAUGAGACCCCAAGAAUGGCUAUUAACGAUGGUCUGGAGGUGGAAAUUGGAGAAUCAAAGUUAAUCACUAAUAAAGUCCUAAAAGCCACAGAUUUAGAUUCAGAUGACAAGACAUUGACUUAUAUAAUUCGAUAUGGCCCUGGCCAAGGAAUUUUGCAGCGUCUGAGCAAAGAUAGGGCUCAUUUAGGUAACAUCACUCUGGGUAUGAAUUUCACACAAGAUGAUAUUGAUAAUGGAUUCAUUCAAUAUACCCACACCGGGCAAGAAGGCAUCCGUGACCUUAUUAAGUUUGACAUUACUGAUGGGACAAACCCAUACAUUGACAGAUAUUUCUACAUAAAUAUUGGCAGCAUUGACAUUGUUUUCCCAGAUGUCAUCAACAAAGGAGUCACAUUAAAAGAAGGAGGGAGGGUGACACUAACUACAGACCUUCUCAGCACAAGUGACAUCAACAGUCCAGAUGAAAACCUGAGGUUCAGUAUUACAAGGGCUCCCAGUCGUGGUCAUCUGGAGAGCACAGAUGGGCCAGGAGUUCCCAUCACAUCUUUUACUCAACUCCAGCUGGCAGGAAACAAGAUAUACUAUAUACAUACUUCAGAAGAUGAGAUGAAGAUGGAUAGCUUUGAAUUUGAGGCUACUGAUGGCUAUAACCCAGUUUUCCGGACAUUUAGGAUCUCAAUUACAGAUGUGGACAACAAGAAGCCAGUCCUUACAAUUCAUGACCUAGUGGCCAGUGAAGGAGAAAAUAAGCUCAUCACCCCAUUUGAGCUGACUGUAGAAGAUAGGGACACACCUGACAACCUGCUUCGGUUUACUAUCACCCAAGUGCCCAUUCACGGCAGAAUCAUGUUUAAUAGCAGCAAGCAAGUGAACACUUUCACUAAACAAGACUUAAACGAGAAUCUAAUUAGUUACAGACAUGAUGGGAGUGAUUCUCAUGAAGAUAGUUUUUCCUUCACUGUCACUGAUGGUACACACACAGAGUUUUAUAUAGUGCCCCAUACCUUUGAAACCAGGAAACCUCAACUAAUGAAGAUUCAGAUAAAUUCAGUUGACAAUGGAGUACCCCAAAUUAUUGUCAACAAGGGAGCACCAACUUUAAAAAGCCUCCCCUCUGGACACUUGGGAUUCAUGAUCACCAGUAAAUCUCUGAAGGCAGAAGAUAGAGACAGUCCACACAAGCAACUCAAAUACAGAGUUAUUGAUGGUCCAAAACAUGGCUUUAUCAUGAACAUGGCUCAAGGCAACGACUCUAUCAGGACAUUCACUCAGGGUGAUAUUGAUGAUUUGAAGAUCUGCUAUGUUCUAAAAGACGGUGACAAUGUCACGAGUGAUAUAUUUCAUUUCUCAAUAGAAGACAUUGGUGGCAAUAAAUUAAGGAAUCAACCAUUCCGCCUCAACUGGGCUUGGAUUUCUCUAGAAAGGCAUCAUUACACUGUUGAUGAAGACUCAAAGUUCCUGGAAGUGACUCUUAGACGUAGAGGGUACCUUGGAGAGACUUCAUUUAUCAGUAUUACCACAAAAGAUGGCACGGCUCUCAAAGAAAAAGAUUUUAAAGGGAAAGCACAGAAACAGGUUCAGUUCAAUCCUGGGCAGACAACAGCUUCAUGGAAAGUGAGAAUUAUCGCAGACAAUGAAUACGAAAAAUCUGAAACUUUUCAAAUACUCUUAUCUGAGCCGGUCAUGGCUGCACUAGAGUACCCUAGAGAAGCCACUGUUGAUAUUGUUGACCCUGGUGAUGAAUCCACUGUAUACAUACCACACGCAGAAUAUAAAAUUGAGGAAGACAUUGGUGAGUUAUUAGUCCCAAUUAAAAGAUCAGGGGACCUCAGUGAAGAACUUAUGGUUGUUUGCUCAACACAUCAAGGUUCUGCCACUGGAACAGUUCCAUCGUCAGUUUUGUCCUAUUCUGACUACAUUACCCGUACAGACGAUCUGACCAGCAUAAUUCGUUUCGACAAAGAUGAGACUGAAAAAAAUUGCCGUGUAAUCAUCAUAGAUGACUCGCUCUAUGAGGAAGAUGAGAUAUUCAAUGUCACACUAAGCAUGCCCAUGGGUGGAAAAGUAGGAUCUGAAUUCUCCACUGCUAAAGUGGUUAUUCUGGCCGACACUGAUGAUGAACCAGCUUUCUAUUUUGCUGACAGCAAUUAUAAUGUCGAUGAAAGUGCUGGAUAUGUGGAAGUUAGCAUCUGGAGAACUGGAACGGAUCUUUCCAAAGCAGCCACAGUCACAGUACAGUCCAAAAAAGCAGAACCACUGUCUGCUGAAGCUGGGACAGAUUAUGUGGGCAUUAGCAGAAAUCUGGACUUUGCUCCUGGAGUGAACAUGCAGAGUUUUCGAGUGACAAUUCUAGAUGACUUGGGUCAACCUGCUUUGGAGGGCCUUGAAAAUUUUGAACUGGUUCUUCGGAUGCCCAUGAAUGCAGUUUUAGGGGAGCCUAGCAAAACAACUGUCACUAUCAAUGACACUGUGUCUGACUUACCCAAGGUCCAGUUCAAAGAGUCUACGUAUCUUGUGAAGGAAAAAGAUGGUCGAGUAUCUGCUGCCAUAUAUAGGAGUGGUGAUGUCAACCACAGGUCCACAGUUCGGUGCUACACACGCCAAGGCUCUGCUCAAGUUACAAUAGAUUAUGAAGAAAGGCCAAAUACCGAUGACUCUCUUGUGGUUUUUAUGCCAGGUGAGACUGAAAAGCCAUGUGUGGUGCUUCUUCAAGAUGAUACAAUUUACGAAGAACAAGAAGAGUUCAGGCUGGUUCUCGGAACGCCAAAAAGUGACUCACCAUUUGGGGCUUUGAUUGGAGAAAAGAAAGAAACUCUAAUGAAGAUUAAAGACUUGGAGGACAAACCAGUCAUCAAGUUUUCCGAAAUCAAAUAUAGCAUCCAAGAACCCCAGGAGAUAGGAGAAAUAGCCGUAGUGAAGAUCCCUGUGCAGCGGAUAGGGGAUAGUUCCAAAGUGUCUAUUGUAAGAAUUCACACAAAGGAUGGCUCAGCAACAUCUGGUGAAGAUUAUAACCCACUGUCUGAAGACAUUGAAUUUAAAGAGGGAGAAACUGAACACUUUGUGGAAGUGGAAAUAUUAUAUGAUGGCAAAAGAGAAAUGCGUGAAGCUUUUACUGUUCAUCUGAAGCCUGACGAGAACAUGGUAGCUGAAACACAGAUGAAUAAGGCUAUUGUUUACAUUGAAGAAAUGGACAGUGUUGCCGACGUGACGUUUCCAGCUGUUCCCCAGGUUGUGUCACUUUUAAUAUAUGAUGAUACUUCAAAAGCCAAAGAGAACACACAUCCACCUGCAGGCUACCCUGUAGUGUGUGUGACGGCAUGCAAUCCUAAAUAUUCUGAUUUUGAUAAAACUGGCUCUAUUUGUUCAGCUGAGAAUAUUAAUGAUACCCUCACUCAGUAUCGAUGGCUGGUCAGUGCUCCAAGUGGCAGUGAUGGAGUGACAAGUCCAAUGCGGGAAGUAGACUCCAAUACAUUUUUCACAAACACCAAGUCAAUCACAUUAGACUCCAUCUACUUCCAUGCUGGUUCAAGGAUCCAAUGUGCAGCCCGGGCUGUUAAUGCUAAUGGAGAUGCUGGACUUGAGCUACUAAGCCCAAUUGUUACACUCAGCAGAGAGGAAGGUUUGUGCCAGCCUCGUGUUCCUGGAACAGUGGGAGCUGAACCCUUUUCUGCAAAAAUUCGUUACACUGGCCCUGAAGAUCCGGAUUAUCAAAACUUGAUCAAGUUGACCGUAACUAUGCCACAUAUGGAUGGUAUGCUUCCAGUUGUGUCAACCAGACAUAUUUCCAAUUUUGAGUUAACUCUGAGCCCUGAUGGUACUAGAGUGGGUAACCAUAAAUGUUCUAAUCUCCUGGAUUAUAAUGAAAUUACAACAAAACAUGGCUUCAUCACAGAUAACACCAAAAACUCAGAAAUGAUUGGGGAGACCUCUCCAUACCAGUACAGCACUGCCCUGAGAUCUGCUAGAACUCUACGAUUUUAUAGAAACCUUAAUCUAGAAGCCUGUCUAUGGGAAUUCAACAGUUACUAUGAUAUGUCAGAGCUUUUAACAGAAUGCAGUGGAAGCAUUGGGACAGAUGGUCAAGUGCUGAAUUUGGUCCAGUCCUAUGUCACCCUAAGAGUGCCCCUUUAUGUAUCCUAUGUCUUUCACUCACCUGCAGCAGUUGGAGGUUGGCAGCACUUUGACCUCCAGUCGGAAUUGAGACUGACAUUUGUUUAUGACACAGCCAUUUUAUGGAAUGAAGGAAUUGGCAGCCCCCCAGAAUCCGAACUGCAGGGAUCGCUGUAUCCAACCAGUAUGCGCAUCAAUGAUGAAGGACAGCUGGUUGUUAACUUUAAGACUCAGAUUCGCUUCCGUGGACAGUUUGUUACGUCUCACCCAGGUACUUCUCUGUCAUCAAUGGUAAUGUCUGCUGACCACCCAGAGCUCACAUUCACAAUGAGUCUUCUUCGCAGUGAGCCGAGCUUUGCACAGCCAGUGCAGCAAUGGAGCUUUGUCUCAGACUAUGCUGUACGGGAUUACUCAGGAACAUAUACAGUAAAGCUCAUUCCAUGCAGUGCAUCUCCUAACCAGGAAUAUACAAUACCCAUUGUGUGUAACCCUAGAGAACCUAUAGCCUUUGAUAUCGAUAUAAGGUUCCAACAGGUGAGUGAUCCUGUAGCAGCAGAGUUCAGCCUCAACACACAAAUGUUUUUGUUGUCUAAGAAGGAACUCUGGAUUUCUGAUGGCUCAAUGGGAUUUGGGGAGGGAGCCGAUGUUGCAUUUUCUGAAGGUUCCACGAUUUAUGGAAGAAUAAUGGUGGAUCCAGUUCAAAACCUUGGAGACUCUUUUAUCUGUAGUAUUGAAAAAGUGUUUCUAUGCUCCGGUGCUGAUGGAUAUGUUCCUAAAUAUGACCCAGAUAGAAAUGAAUAUGGAUGUCUUGCCAGCUCACCUACUUUAAUGUACCAAUUUAAAAUACUGGACAAAGCUCAGCCAGAAACUCAAGAAAGGAUGUUUGGAAAUGUCCCAUUUAACGCCAGAUUAGCUGUCGAUGUUCCAGAAGCUCUUCCCCUAUCAAAACAACCAGGCUCAGAUGGAUUCAGUGUCUCAUCUGCUCCUUUAUUCCAAGUGGCUUUAGGCCGUGAGUGGUUCAUUCACACCAUUUAUACAGUUCGUUCUAGAGAAAACGCAAACAGAGGCAUUGGAAAGAGAAGUGUGGAAUAUCACCAUAUCCUGAGUAGUUCUAACAGUCAACAGGACCAGCUGCUACUGAAGAGAAGCCGCAGGGCGAAUCCAGAGUCUACAGCCCUCACACAAGACAUUGGGGCUGAAAAGAACAGAGGAACCAACAUUCAGCACAUCACUUUGGAGCAUUCCAGCAAGAGCUCUGGUCGCCAAAAGGAUAUUUUGUCUGCUGGAGGACAGUAUGAAAAGCCAGCCUUGGAAGUCACUGGAUAUGACUCACAAGGAAACAUACUGCCUCUCAUUGGGGGGACAAGUGCUUUGCUGCUUCUUAUAUGUACUAUAGCUGUUGUUGCUUUGUUGCUGAAACGCAGAGGACAAUCUGAGAAAAAGUCUCCAUCCAGCCACAGCAGUAGCAAUGAAACUAUGACUACCCGCCAUAGUAGCAGCGACAGCUCUGAAGUGUAGCAUAUCCAGCAGAUCUUCAUUCUUGAACACCAUCGAUCUUUGAUUGGUGCUUUUUCAUGCGUUAUCCUGUCAUUUCAUUCAAAGUACUGUCAACUAUACCCUUCUAGCUGCAUAUUUUAGGUUACUUUCCAAAAGUAUGAGACAGAGAGCUGAGAAUGGUGUUCAACACAUGGGCACCCAAAGAGUUCAUUCCUAUCAGUGAACUAUAUUUGAAUAUUUGCUUUAAAAUUUGUCAAAUGUCUUCCAAUUUUUCUCUCCACAAAUGGCCUUAUUUUGCAAGAGUGGAAAAACAGAUUAUAGUUUUCUAAAUCAAUAACGCUGUAGGUAUAACUGAACGGCAUCCUUCUUUUUUUAAUCAUAUGUAAACAAUAUUUACUUUCAUAGACUAUUGGGAGUAUUGACUAAAUAAUUAAUUGUGGUGAACUACUUGGUGAUUUGUAACAUUAUUAGUGAAUAUUUAAUGGUUGAGUUGGAAAAAUUCUCCAAAUUGUUUUUG